CUGUGAUUCCAUGAUUCCUUGGGCUGUGGGAUGAAACCAUGGCUCUUAUUGAGUUUUUUCCUUGCAUCUAUUUAUUUGACUUCCACACGGUCAAUUCCAAUUUUUUUUUCUUGCCAAGCGACGCUCCUGCGGUUCAGAUGGAAGCACCGCAGCCCCCGGCAGCCACAGACGCUCCGCAGCGCCGAGGGCCGGAGCCGCCCGAGGCAGGGGCGACACCGUCCCCUCCCCGGGCAGCCCCAGCGCGGAGCGGCGGCGCACGAAGCGCAGCCCGAGCCGCCGCUAUUUAGGGCGGUGCUGCCGGAGCCGGGCGGGACCGGGACGGCGCGGACGGGCGGCACUUCAAACUGAAAAAAUCCCCACAACCCAUGGGCGAGGGAACCAGGUGAAGUCCAAGAGGAGAUGGGCCAAGGACAGCAGCUGACUCGCUGGAGAGGAUUUCCAUCUGGACAAGAGUGGCUCUCAACAGGAAAAUAAUUUACCAUUAUUCAGGAUUUUUUCUUCAGUAAGAGAUUCCUAAGAGAGUGACUCGGUUCCAUGUCAGAUGGCACAAAACUGUACCGGUUACGACUGACAGAGGCGUUUCUCCUUGCUGGCUCGGAAGAGGCUGGCCUGGUGAUUAUCUCCUUGGAGGAUUUCAGCCCUCGCAGCUUCAAAGCUGUUCAUGACCCAUGUGUAGGACCACUUCCAAGAGAGCUUGGGCUGGCAUAAUAUGUUUUCUGCAGGCUUGUAAAGAUUUCUGCUUACGCCAACUGAAUCUAAAGAAAACUAUGGAAAACCUGUAGCUUGUAUGCUGUGAUACCUCAACUUCCACAACUCCUGUAUCACCAUUCAGGACUAAGACAUUAACUUUCUUUUUCCAGAUCCCCUCAACCAGUCUAUUCUUCCUCUUUUGAGGGAAUCAUUACUCCACAAGUCAUUACAAUCAUUCAGCAUGUGUGCAAUCAGGAACACCUCAGUACUUGGGAAACGCUGUGAGCUCCAGUGCCGAGGCAUUGAAUCCUGGUACCCAACACCUGACUUCAGCAUUUGAAGACUGAAUGAGACAAACAGAAUGGUUUAGAGGAGUAAAUGAAAACGGAGCUCGGCACUUUUCAGGAAAGAGUCCUUGAUUUACAAGUCUGGCAGAAAUUAUGUUUACAGAAGGAAUGCAGACAGCAUUAGUUUAUGUCUUGGUUACUCUGCUAAUGAAGUGUCCCUCAUAAAUAUUGAAUAUAUGACAUUCAGCUUUUAGAGAGGAAGAGAAAAUACUCUUGAGGAUAACUUUGUCCCAAGCACAGGGACAUCAAUUACAUGCCCAGCUGUUUCUUAUUUGGACUCUCACUCUUCAGGGAUGAUUUGUGUAGCUUUGCAGAAGAUUAGUUCAGAAAGGAGGUGUGAAUAAAAGAUAAUAAAGAAUUAUUCAGUCAUCUCCAAGAUGAAAAUGAAAACCACGUAAGUUCCCACCACUUAAAGAACCACUUGUACUGCCAUGCACCAGAAUCAUGUCUGGAUGGUUAUAUUAAUAUUUUACUUUACAAUGAUGUCAUUGAUGUGAUGUGAUGGAAAAAUGUAGCUUAGGAAAGCGCCUCACCUACUGUGCAAGCUGACAUUUUCAACAAGUUCGUAUUUCUUCAAUGUUGGACUCUAUGAUGAAAAGUUCUUUUUCAGCCAAAAAAUAAGUGUCUGUCUUCAUCGUCCCAGAAAGGUUACGCUGGGAAGUGCAAAGUGAAAUCAGAGCAGAGGAUGACUCAGUACAACCACUCAGCAGAGCUCUCCCUCCAGAGCUCGGUAAAUAAAUCAUUGAAUUUCACUGAAACACCGCUGGCUUGGGAUGAAAGGACGCUGUUAGGGCUGAAGAUUUCACUGUCGGUCCUGCUGUCUGUUAUAACUCUGGCAACCAUCCUUGCCAACGUUUUUGUUGUUAUAACAAUUUUUCUGACUAGAAAGCUCCACACACCUGCAAAUUACCUCAUCGGCUCCUUGGCAGUGACAGACCUGCUAGUGUCUGUCCUGGUGAUGCCCAUCAGCAUUGCUUACACUGUCACCCACACGUGGGCCUUUGGCCAAGUGCUGUGUGAUAUCUGGUUAUCAUCUGACAUCACGUGCUGCACAGCCUCAAUCCUGCACCUCUGUGUUAUCGCACUGGAUAGAUACUGGGCUAUCACAGAUGCUUUGGAAUACGCCAAACGCCGGACUGCUGGCCGAGCAGCACUCAUGAUUGCCGUGGUCUGGAUGAUCUCUAUUAGUAUUUCUGUGCCACCGUUUUUCUGGAGGCAAGUGAAAGCUCAUGAAGAAAUUGCAAAGUGUACUGUGAACACAGAUCAAAUCUCCUACACAAUUUAUUCCACUUGUGGAGCUUUCUACAUCCCAACCGUGCUCCUUCUGAUAUUGUAUGGUAGAAUUUAUAUAGCAGCUCGCUCCAGGAUUCUGAAGCCUCCUUCGUUGUAUGGGAAGCGUUUCACUACCGCACACCUGAUUACCGGCUCGGCUGGGUCGUCCCUCUGCUCCAUUAAUGCCAGCCUUCAUGAAGGGCAUUCCCAUUCAGGUGGAUCUCCGUUAUUUAUUAAUCAUGUUAAAAUAAAGCUUGCAGAUAGUGUCCUGGAAAGGAAAAGAAUUUCUGCUGCAAGAGAAAGGAAAGCCACCAAAACAUUAGGCAUCAUUCUGGGAGCUUUCAUUUUCUGCUGGCUGCCAUUUUUCGUCAUGUCCCUGGUCCUCCCAAUCUGCCAAGAUGCUUGUUGGGUUCAUCCCAUCCUACUGGACUUUUUUACAUGGCUUGGUUACGUAAACUCAUUGAUCAAUCCUGUCAUUUAUACAGCUUUUAAUGAAGAAUUUAAACAGGCUUUCCAAAAACUAAUACAUUUCAAAAAGUGUUUGUCUUGAGCCUCUCCUGGUGUGGUCCUGACCCUUGUGCAAUCUUACAGCCUACCUGGAAGCUCUUGGCGCUUUUAUUCCUAAGGUCCAGACUAGUAAUUGCCACCUCUGCUGCUACCUUGUGCUGUGCAUGUGAUGGGGAACCUCUCCCAGUUUGGAACUUUCUACCUGGAAUUCUAUCUCCCAUAACAGGAUUUGUCUGCGGUCUCUGCAGUGAUCAUUUGUGUAAGUAAGAUCAAUACAUGAAGCAAAGUCUGUAAUGAGUAAAGGAGUGGGGACCAGAGAGAAGAGUCUGUGUGUUGAGAUGAACCCUAUCGUCCAAUUCUGCCUUGCCUUUGUAACCUGAUCAGAGGAAAAUGUUUGCAUAUUUGCAGGAUGUCAGUACUUCUGCUGUAUAUUAUUAACAAUUUAUGUAGGCUGAGAAAGUUUCUGAAGAACAGGAUCCGCUGGCUGCAUUUACUAUGGCACAUAUCCUAUCCACGCGAAAUGGAUAAAACCUGAAACCUUUUCCGAAGGGAAGCCAUGGGACACAAUCUGACUAUGCAGGGCAUGGAAAGUUUAGCACGUAAGUAAGUUCUGCGGGUAUUUCACAAAUGCUGCAUUUGAAACUGUGGUUUUUGUGAACUGUAGAAAAAAGACAAUUUAUUUGAAAUAAUUUUUACACAUUUUAUCAUUAAUGGAAUCCAGUGCAGAAACAGGAUGAAAUAAAGAGCAUGAAAAAUUAUUGAAA